AUGUUAGGACGCUUUGAUUCUUCUCGACCUACAGCCUGUUAUGAGGAUGAACCUGUGGAGGUUGCACCAGAGCCGGUAACAACAGAGUCUUCUUCGACUGUGAGCAGCGCUGUUGUCACCACUGCCGUCUCCGUUGCUGCCGGCGCCCGACCCAAACCCCUGACCCCCUCGACCAGUCAAGUCAGGAUCGGUAUGCGCUCGCUUCGUCUUCUUACCAAUUAA